GUUGUCAACCCUCCCGCCGAAAGAGUUGCCAUGUAGUGAUAUCUGACGCAAAAGAGCGCAGGAGGCGCAGUUGACGUCACACAUCACUGUAACAGAAUGGCUCUCAUGGCUCAGGGAGGCUGGGCACCCAUGCAGAUAGCAGGGAAGGCACUCCGCUGGCUCUGGCACAAGAACAAGCCGAUAACCAUAGCGGUGGUGGCUGUGGUGGGCGUGGUCAAGAUCAGGCAGCACAUGAAGAAGCAGGAGAGGAGGAGGAAAUGGAACGAAGCAGGGAAAGAUGUCGUGGUGUUACAUAUGUUCAACCGCGGAUACACAUGCCCAAGUCUUUCACCUUUUGUUAUUAAAUUAGAAACUUACCUGAGGAUGGCAGAUAUUCCCUACCAGAUUGACUACGACGAGCCCAUGGGUGCUAAGGGGAAGUCGCCAUGGAUAACACUGAAUGGCGAAGACAUGGCAGACUCACAGCUGAUAAUGGAGUACUUGGGGCCAAAGUUUAAGAAGGAUUUGACUGCGCACCUGUCGGCCGAGGAGAAAGCUGUGGCUCACUCGCUGCAGAUCAUGAUUGAUGAAUAUUUUCUGUGGUGUCUUAUCGUAUGGCGUUAUGUUCAAGAGCGUGGUCGUCCGUUGACCAGUAACAUGAAGCUUCCAGCGGGCAGCAGCUUUAUGAUUUCCUUUUUUGUCAAGAAAGUGACCGAAGCGACCCGUUUGCAGGGCAUUGGGCGUCAUAGCUUCCAGGAAGUGGAGGCGAUGGGCAGAAAGUGUCUCCAUUCUCUCUCCACUUGGCUCGGACAAAAGCCUUAUUUAAUGGGCGACAAACCAACUGAAGUGGACUGCGCAGCUUUUGGAAUGCUGGCGCAGGUAGUGUGGUGUUCCCCGAACUCUGCCUACCUGAGGAUGCUGGAAACUGACUUCAAGAACCUGUAUGAGUACUGUCAACGUAUGAAAGAGAGGUUCUACCCCGACUGGGACAAGUGUCUCGAGAAGCGCAGUUAGUAGAAAGAAAGAAAAGAAAAAAGAAAAACAGUUAUAAUAAUCUUAGUGGAUUGCUAUCAGUAAUGGCUAGCUAUGUGUAUAGUUUUUGUGUGAUACCAUUGUAUUUUUUUAAAGUGUAAUUUGAUCACAUUAAAAUAUGAAAUGAG